AUGCCUCAGAGAGGUCAAAACUUCCCACCACAACAACAGUUGCUAGGCUCGCCCUUCCAGAACGGCGUAAUCGCAACCACAGCCCCUAUCAGUGUGCUUUCUAUCCUCAGUCCGUAUCUGAACGUCAUGGGUAAUGGACCACACGAGCUGCCCUGGGAGGCGCUUGCGGCCAACCUUGAAUGGCGCGCAGAGAGUCCAUGCACAUUCCAAAGCACAAACUAUCACUUCCAAUUCAAGGCGGAUCAAAGUGAUUCCAUCCGGAAUUUUAUCAACACCAUGGCGAGCGCGAUCAAAGGAUCCGCAGACCGCGAGCGACUCAAGUAUCCCGAUCAAUAUAUUGUCCCUGCUGCGGAUGACAUCAUGAUUGACAUGACCGUCGCGAGGAAGAUUGCGCCCCUCAUCCACAAGCUGCGUGAAGACGGAUGGUACUGGAAGCAGGAUGACCUACCCGACGCAGCCUCGUGCCAGCAUCUACGUGAUGACUGCCCGGGCAUGCUGCCGCUAAAAGAACGAAAAAUGUCCGCCUUUUUACGGGUGUUCGAUAGUGACCAGGCCAACGGCAUAUCCUGUCCCUUCGACAGGGUGGCGAAUGAAGACGUAUUUUUUAAUCUUGAGGUUUUCAAAGCCCUUGUCAUUUGCGGGGAGAUGGACAUAUUGCUCAGAAUCUGCUCGCAUCCAGACGUUCAUUUCUCAUAUUGGCUGGAUGGGCCCCUUUCUUGCGAUUGCGACGACGACGACGAUUGCGGAAUCGGCGAUGACAAUGAGUGGGCUUUCAUAGCAAACCACGCCCUAUGGUCCUUUAUUACACUGAACUUGAUGUCGUGGCUCAAGCGAGCCUCAACGUCAGGCGUCGGCCAUCCCAAUAAUCAGAACGUCUACCGUGACACGGAAGCCUACCAGGAGAUGGUAUUCGAGCGGACCAGGUUCCGUUGCUGGCCCCUCGCUCAAUAUCAACACAUGUUCUUCUUUGGUAUUGCGGGCCAGCAAUUUCAUGAGUGGGGUGGCCUCCAUGACGAAACGAAAUGGAAACGGGCUUUGGACCUUUGGGGGAUCGAUUACCUGCGGUACAGGCCUCUUCUAGGCUAUGGAACAUAUGAAGAUUUUCUCGAUUGCCAAGGCAAAAAACUGCCCGAAAAUACCCACCACACUGCCACAGAAAUAUCACAGCUUCGUUCAGACCUUGUCACGCGCACACAGCUUCCUAAUGAGCUGAUCGACCGGGUCCUCGAGGAAGGAGAAUACGAUACCCCUACACGUCUGCUACAGAUCCCCCAUGACCCCCUCCAUCCGGCCAAUCGCAAAGAGCUACACAAAUACCUCGAGGAAUGUUGGGCUCUUCUCGUCAGGUCCGAGAUUCUCGUCAGAGCUCUCAACAGCAGGAGAAGCGCGACGGCGAGGGCUGGCGGGGUUGCUAGUGAUCAUCCUGGUGAGGACACAGGCCCUGGGAUCGAAAUGGAUGUAGUAAACAUCGAUUGGGAAACAGAAAUCGGUGAAGUGAUCCAAAAGCUUUUUGGAUGUACUUGCUGUCUUGACAAGCUCAAGAACGGUGAGGACAUAGGUUUCGUGAAUUCCAAGGUGAACACGAACGCAGAGAUGUGCUCCAGGUUUCGUGCGAGUCGCAAAUGGCCAUACAACAAUUAA